CGUCGCCCAUCACAGGCAGCAGGCUCGUUUUCGGCGUCGCGCGUCAGGCGUUUCUGAAUCCUCCAUCGAGCGCGUAACUCAAGCUCUUGGUGCUUUGUGUGAAGGAUAAAAAUAUCAGUGUCUUUAGAUAAAGCAAUCGUGGAAACAACCUUUCAUUUUGGAAAAGUUUGAAUAUCUAUGACACGGUGAGAACAAAGGAAGGACAAGAUCCAAUAUCAGAAAUAAAAGUUUCAUUAAGAAAGUUUCCUGGACAGUGAUUGACCGCAGCCACGCCUAGACUCUUCAGCCCACGCACUCCUGCGCCAAUUUCCAUCAGCCCACGCCUCACCUUCGUCGUCACCUGGUGGGCGGCUGCGGGAAUCGUGACACAUACCAUGCUGGGCGUGGUGCGGGCGGGCUAAGACUCCGCCCACAAGACCAGCAUGCGGAUGUGGGCGGGAUCCCGGGCUGUGAGGUCGUCCUUGCUCAUGCUGCUCCUCACGGCGGCGAACGUCGGUGCUCCCCCGCCCACCCUCUCAGAGGAUGACCUCGGGGGCUCAGGUCACGGAGGCCGGCACAAGCGAAGGGCAUUCCCAGGGCCUCACUUCCACCCGACGUCUCCCACUAACGUCACGGCCCAGCUGGCUGCGCACGCGUACCUUCCGUGUCGCAUCAAGAACCUCGGCAACAAAUCGGUCUCUUGGAUCCGGAACCGCGACUCGCACAUCCUGACCGUCGACCGCUACACCUUCAUCGCGGACGAGCGCUUCGCGGCGUGGCACCAGGCAGCGACGCAGACGUGGACGUUGCAGAUCAAGUUCGUGCAGGAGCGGGACGCCGGGAGCUACGAGUGCCAGGUGUCCACGGAGCCUAAGAUGAGCCACUUCGUGCAGCUGGAUGUCAUCACUCCUCAGGUGACAAUCGCUGGCGAGGCUGAUAUCUAUGUGAACAGCGGCUCAACUGUCACCAUUAAGUGCGUCAUCACCCAGGCACUCGAGGAACCUAAUUAUAUCUUCUGGUAUCAUGACGACCGUCGCGUAGUCAGCGCCGGAUCAGGCCGUGUGCUGACGGUCGAUCGUCAUCCCCCUGACACCUCAGUGGGCAGCCUGACCAUCCCAGCCGUUGCCCUUAGCGACUCUGGGAACUACACCUGCGCUCCUGCCUCUCUCAGCCAAGCAUCUGUCAUGCUGCACGUCCUCAGUGGCGAGCACCCCGCCGCCAUGCAACGAGGAACCACCUCGACCACGGACACCUCCGGAGGCCCCGAACUGCGGCUUCAUCAGAGUGCCCUGAUGGCGGCCCUCAUCUCAUUGCUCCUCUGCGUCUGCUCGCCCUCCUUCACGUGACCGCCCGUGCUCUAAGCUCGCAAGCCCACAGCAGCCACUCGUCAUUUCCCAUUUCUUCACACACCACUCCCGUCAAGACAGUUCGAUCCAUGAUGAGACGAUGUUGAGAGACUCGCUUCUGUCCCAAAGUGGGCGCUAGAUAGAGACACCACUUCGGCAGAGGAGUGUCCGAUUUCAAUGUUGUAUCCGCCGCAUUAUAAGUGUCACUAUACCGAAUUAUAAGGGCACUGGCAUUUCCAGUGUUGCCAGUCUCAUUACACAUACGGUAUUUUUAGUGUCGCCAUAGCCGUGGUGCCUAACUUUCAGUGAACCUUAAACAUGAACGAUAAUAAUUAGAACAUGUGAUACGGACAAACGAACACGAUGCUGAAGCGUUUCUGUCGGCCAAGUGUUGUUCCAUCGUCUGUAGUGCUGACAGCUGAUGGUGCGUGGCACGAAUUAUACAAUAGACUGCCGGCAUCGUUACACCUUGAAAUGGAGUGUAAGGAAAAUGUAUGCGUUGACCAAUAGGCAUAGAAGACACUCUGUAAGGCUCAACGAAGACAGUGAAAAGUGGUGAUUAGAUACAAUGAAUGGUGAUUAAAGUUAUUUUUUACAGAAAAAAGUGACGUGAAAAAUUACUGACUUUCAUGAAUAGUCACUACACUAUCAAAAUCAGAAAUUUGCUGACCUGUCUAUAAGUGGCAAAUCACAUAAGUGAAAUUUAAAGUGACGUGUGCGUAUCACACUGUAAUACUUUGAUAUUACAAAUAUGUUACAAUGAGUUCGCUCUAC